UUUUCAAAUAAUAGAGAGGAGACAAUAACAUAUCUUUAUUGGGACUCGGCCAAAUCUAUAUAUAAAGGAGAUUUCAAAAUACCAUCAAAUAUUUUGGUUGGAUCAAUUGAGUAUUAUUUAUCAAUUCCAACAAGAAUGAUUGCCUCAACAUUAUUACCACCAUCGCACCAACUCAACGUAUAUUCAAAGAAUGCAGAUUUAAUGGGUCCAGUAUUUACAAAAUUCAUUAAAAACGAAGCAGUUUCAUCUUCAUCAGCAGUUUCUUUUGGAUGGUCUUUUACAAUUCAAGAUAAAGUUAAUGGGUUCAAAGAUGGUUUUAUGGUAAUUAAAGGCGAAAUGGACAGAUCUAUGUAUAAUAUCACAUUAUCUCCCUCUUCAGCAAGUUUUGUGUCUGGUGAUUUAUAUGAGGGCUUAUAUAAAGUUAGUAUAUCUGAGUCUUCAAGUGGUAUCUCUCAAACAUUCACUAUUUCAGAAAUAUUCCUUCAAGAUAACCAA